UUUUUUUCUAUUUUGCAUGAACACACAGGAUCCGGUUGAAUUUUGUGUUUAUUGUCCCUCACUUUUUGUCUGCAAUCUGUCAAGGUGGGAGGCUGGGUAAGACUAGUCAUGUGACUUACUGCAAUUAUAAUGACCUGCUAUUUUUGCACACAAUUUCGCUGAAUGGCACUAGGUCCAGGGUUGUUUACGGUUACCGUCAGCCGCGCAGUCGUUCACCGAGCACAAAGUGCGCUGCGGCCCGCCCGCUGUUAUUGCAUCAUCACGCCGAUCAGCUGUGCUCGUAGUGGCAGCACACGAUACUCGAACAACGGACUCCCAGUCUUUCACAAUGAAGUCCAAAGUUCUCUUUUUCUUUUUCUGUGGACUUACCAACUCUUUUACUCCGUGAUUUUAUUAAGUAAAUUCGGAGCGGGGCAAGGACGAAACCUACAGGCCUACUGAUCGCUGGACAUACGGACAGAUUUGAUAAUUUGAGUGGAAAUAAUUGGUCAUUUUUACAUCGGUACGCUGCUGUGUCGCACACCGGAGGGCGGCUUCCCCGCUGGGAGAACGCACAGAGAAAGCAUCGUGUUGUGACAAUGGCUACCGUAAAAACCUCUUCUAGUUUAAAAGGACCAAGAAACUGAUCGUCAAAAAGCCCAGCUUUUGAUCUGUGUCCCGACUCAGGGGUCCACCAGGCCCACGAACUUCCAUGACGUGUGUAACUAUUUGAUCAAACGUCAAAGGCCGAUCGGUGCAGGCCUUGCGUGCAGCAAUUCCACUGGAGUGCUGCUAAAUCAAGGCUUUGACAAUCAACUGUCAACAUCAGCUGAUCGAAUUUAUGCACCGCCAUAUCUCUGGAGUAGAUUGUGUUUGUUAAACUCUUAUUAUAUUAUCAAAGUUUAGGUACGUAUACGCCAAUCCAUUGGGUCAGUACAUCCAUGGUACAUCAGUGCUAGAACUUGGGAAGAAGUUACGAACAUCGGUUGUGAGAGGAACAGUUUUCAUCGACGGUGACGAAUUUAUACUUGUGUCCCACAGCUGUCAAGUCUUCGUGUGGCGAAAGUCGGAGUGGUUUUAUCAGCUACGUCCUUGUAUAGGCCAUUGCGACACUGCCGUGCAUAUUUCCUUUCAGUGGUGUGAUGCCUUGCUGACUUAUCAUAUGUCAGUUUUGUCAUAUGGUGUUACGCAAUAGGAUGGUAGAGAGCUGUAAUAAUACUAUACAGCAGCGUCACAUUUAAUGCAUGGGUUGGGGAGUGCUAGUUCGUAUAUGCCAUAAACAAGUAUAGGCUUGCCGAUUUAUCGUGUGACUCCAGCUCUCCGAAACUUUUCGAGAAAGCCGGACAACACACUGUAUUUAUUCCUGAAUAAUGACGGCUAACAGACGGUGCUCAUCGUAGUUCACAAUCUAACAUCUUCCCCUGCUGUUAUUGUUGAGAAACGAGGGGAAACCUGAAGAUUUACUAAUCUCGCCAAGUGACAGACAAUCUUCUGGAGGUAACGUCCGUUGGUCGCCUCCAUCAUCUGCUCUGAAGUCAGUCGUGAGGAGACAGAACUUUUGUGAAUGGAGGAUAGAUUACAUCAAGAGCACGUGUCUUCAAGAAAUAAGCAUCGAUUGUCCGGUCUCGUAUUUUGUGGAUAGAUAUCUUCUGCAACUCCAAGUUUUAGGCACCCCUGAAACUGUCAUUCACCGGUUUCACUAGCCACUUUCAAACCGGCAACUGUUACAGGGAGGCAACCUCACUGUUGACAAAAUCUUACUCUAACUUAGAUUUCACGCGCCGGAUUUUACUCGCCAAAUUUCAAUCGGCAAAUUUCGAUCGCCAGUUUGUAAUUUAAAGUAAAAAGCCCCUGCACGUCUCGGGUUCUCAAGAGAUUAAUAGGGACAAACUUCCACUGGCCACAUUUUACCGGCCACAUUUACUACUUCAAAGGCCAUUUAACAGGCCAAUUCAACCAUGGGUCGAUUCCGGCGUAGCAGCAGCACCGGGAUGGAGAUCGAUAUGGACAAGCUGAGGCAGCGGCGGGCCAGCGCCUUCAUCGUCCCCCAGGAUGGGGGCUGGGGAUGGGUGGUCUGCCUGGCUUCGCUCUGGACCAACGGUACCAUCUUCGGCAUCAUCAACUCCUUCGGGGUCAUGUACGAGAAGAUCUACGAAGAAGUGGAAGGGGCCAACAACUUCAAGACUUCUUGGGCCGCUUCGCUGUGUUCCGGUCUCACCUUUAUGCUGUCCCCCAUCUCAAGUAUCCUGACCGAUCGCAUCGGCUGCCGAGCUGCCGGCAUCAUCGGCGGCGCCUUGGCCUGUGGAGGUAUGAUCGCAAGCUCCUUCGUCACGAGAAUCGAGCUGCUCUACCUUACCUAUGGGGUCAUGUCAGGGUGCGGCUUCUCCAUCGCCUACACCCCGUCUUUGGUCAUCCUUGGCCGGUACUUUCGCAGGAGGAUCGGUUUGGCGAACGGGAUAGUGACCUUCGGGAGCGGCGUCUUCACGAUCGUCUUGCCUCUUGGCUUAAAGGCCACUUUAGAAACCAUCGGGUUGUCCAACACUUUACGCGUCAUGGCAGGCCUCUGUUUCGUCAUGAUGCUAGGCGCUAUCGUCUUCCGCCCCGUGCCACUACCGGCUAAUUUCGACAUGAAGCUGUUGGAGAGUCUUGCCGAGUCGGCGCCCCGCGGAAAGCCGUCUCUGAGGAACCUCUUCGGUCUCUUGGACUUUUUGGACCUCCGGGUCUGGAAGAAGAGGAACUACAGGAUAUGGGCCAUUGGGGUACCUGUCGCUGUCUUGGGCUACUUCGUUCCGUUUGUACAUUUGGUCAAACACGUCAACAACCUGAACCUGGGAGGCAACGCUGCCAUCCUGAUCACCUGCAUCGGAGCCACCUCGGGGCUAGCUCGGCUCGUCUUCGGUAAAAUCAUCGACUCUCCCAAAGUCAACCGCAUCUACCUUCAGCAGAUCGCCUUCCUCGUCAUCGGGGUGACUUCCACCCUUCUCCCCGUGGUGAGGAACUUCUAUGCCCUCUGCGUCAUGAUGUCCAUCAUGGGUAUCUUCGACGGGAUCUUCGUGCUGCUGAUCGGCCCCAUCGCUCACGACGUGGCCGGUACGGAGGACGCCUCGCGUGGCUUGGGGUUCCUGUUCUUCAUGAUGUCGUUUCCAAUGACGGCAGGGCCGCCAAUAGCAGGUUUCAUCUACGACAAGCUGCAAGACUACACGUUGGCUUUCCUUCUAGCUGGGGCGCCCCCUAUCAUCGGCGCUUGCAUUCUCUUCUUCGUCAGGCCCGAGAGCCACGACGCCGACAGCGACGACGAUGACACUCCAUCAGACGACAGGAGCUCGGAGGACGACCUGGAGCAAUCCCGGAAGCUCCUCAACAGCAGCUCGGACACCGAUGAGUUCUGGCAGACCUCACCCUACGCCAGGAGGAAAUUCCUGGAGCUCAGAAACGCCUGGAGCCCGCCCCCACCAUGUCUGAAACCCCCUUCCAACCUGACCCCAAGGCCCAUUCUUAGCACGGGGAGCAAUAGGCCCAAGACUAACGGGUUACCAAGGAACGUUUCUGCACCGGCCAUGUUCACCUUUGACCUCGAAAGUACGCCACUAGAGGGCGUUAGCGAGACACCACCGCCAGACGUAGACGUAGACGUGAACGAGAGAUUUCUCCGGUCUGGUAGGCGGGUCACGUACGGUGACGUGGUCUACCACGGGGAAGUCUCAGAACUGAGGCCGUUGCCAGAUCCGGACAGACUUUUCAUAGAAGAACGGGUUUCGGUCGUGUGAAGAAAAUUUGUGUGUGGAUUUAGAUGACCAAAUUAUAUAAUUGUGUUUAUGUCCUCAUUGUUGUUCGAGGAUGCAAAGAUUUGAUAUUCUACGAAAAUUUAAAGAAGGUUUUAAAACUUGUUUAGAUCCCUAUACAUACCUGUUCAUAGUAUAUCAUAAAAUGGCAACCGUUUGUUUAUAUAGGUGCACCUUAAUAUCAACCUUUUAAUUAAUUAUAACACUAGUUUCGUUUGGAAAACAAAUUUGCAAAAAAAGUAAGCAAAAAAGUCUACUAAUAUCUAAGAGACCUAUUCGUGAACGAUCGGGACGCGUGACGUGCCCUUCAUGUUAUAAUAGAGAAACAAGUUUACAAAUUAAAUAUGAAAGUACAAUAUUGGAAGACAUGAGAAAUGAUCAAACUCAACUACCGUUAUAAGAGAGACAAGAAUAACGAAAUGAUGUUAUGCUGUAAAAGUGACCUUCCCUUGCUUGAGAAGACGAAUUUUACUAGUUUAUGCUCUUAUUGGUUACCUGGACUCAUUUUCGUUGUUUUCUUUGUUUUACAGUGAUUAUGUUAAUUCUUGCAUUCAAAUACCAGUAACAAAUUGGUACCCAUUUGUGGUAUAUGACUUGUGUGUGAUUUAAGACAAUAUAGAUACAAAUUGUUUUCGCGUAAUAUACUGAUUGUUUGUUUUUGCCAGAAAGUUAUCGUUGGGUACCAGCGAAAUGUAUGUGCGCUUUAUGUUGAGAUGGUUCCUGGCAAAUGUUUUGUUGACUGAACAUGGCUGAAUCUAAACUCAGUGAGUAUGAUUUUAAAAAAAUAAUUCAAUUUCGAAUUUGAAAUUGUAGAUCGAUGAAGUUGUAGAUCGAUUUGGAAAAGGGCAUUCGAUCGAGCUUUGGUAAAUUUCGUUAACGAUUGUAAUGUAGGAUAUACUGCCAUAAUGUAACUUGCAUUAGACAUGUAAUAUUUAAUGGUUUCGAUAAUUUAUAAAAUGGUUUUGGAAUUAUUGGUGCAGACAUAUUGCCAAACAUCAAAUUAUUUUUUAUUCUGGUGUCAUAUAAAAACUUGUAUGGUUUUUAAAUAUCAAAUAAAAUUUGAUAUCGCUGGAAAUAUA